AUGGACUGUGAGCGCGUCGAGCUUGUCAGCUUCGGGAUUUAUGUGGAACACGAGUGCGGGGGCGGUCCGGUAACACCGUUGCUCGGCAAAACCUUUGCAUACAUUAAUUAUCGCUUCUUCGACAAUCCCGAUUGGAAAGAUCAAUCGGGCGAAGCAAAAGCCGGGGUGAGUAUCUCAAACAGCGCGGGUGGGAUGGAAUUCAAAGGUGAAAAGACGGCUACGCUUAGGAAGUCCGCAUCGGCGUAUCUUCGUCGAAAGCUCUCAUCGAAGAAAGCACCAUCGCGCGCCACUACCUUGCCGGCGGAGACAUCCUCCUUGAAAACCUCUAAGGAUACCUGCGUGACCCUGCUUCAUUCCACAAAACUUUGCGAAAAUCCUCGAAUAAUUUUACAAACGGUUGCUGAAUAUUUCACCAAGGACGCAAACCUUGAACUGCAUUUUUCUUCUGACGAUGCCUCAAUCGAAUCCAUCCCAAGCACUAGCUCAAGAACUCAGUCACCCGUUGAAAACACCAAUCCGUCUCUUUCACAAGGCUCACCAUUAUCUUGCCAAGAAAUAAACCGGCAUUUUCCGAGCCGAACCUCAACCUGGCCUCCAGUGACACGGCCAGUUCUUGGGCGAUCCAAGUCCGAACCAGCGCAGGAAUGCAAGCCUACUCCAUUACAUUCGUACCCAGGACGGAAUUCAUCCGACUCUAAGUUGGAUCUCCCCAAAUGCGAAAAUUCAAUGACCGCCAUCAAAUUUUGCAGCACCCCAGCAUCCUUAGUACAAAGCCCGAAACCAUCUCCUCUUUCAAAAGAAAUUGUUUGCGAAAUUGAGGAAGUUGAUCCCCUACCGACAGCGACUCAAGCUGGAAGCUCGAAAGUAAUUCCUGGGCCUCAAGACAAGGAGAACAGUUUGAAGCCUCGACUAGCAACCAAGAUCAAAUCUAAAUUCGAGAAAUCCAUUGCGCUGGGAGACAGUUCGGAAAAACAAACCUUGCAUAAGGGAAUAGUAGCUCAUCAGAAGAAUGACAUGACUUUGUCGGCAAUCCUUUUCGAAAGAUGCGCAAAGGAGGAUGAGCUACACCAUGCAAAACUUGCAAAACAGAACUACGACGAGCUUAACUCUCACGAAGGAACCCCCAACGAUCCGUUGCUGGCACAAUACCUAAUCAAUGAAAUCAACGGCAUCAAAUCUGAACUCUUGCUGUCAUUAUAUGAGCUGGGCCAGUGCCUCAUGUAUGGAUGGGGGUGCCCUAGGGAUAAACAUUUGGCCGUACAAUAUUAUCACUUGGCAGCAACUCUUGGUGACGCUGAUGCACAGAAAGAGCUGGCAUACUGCUACGAGGUUGGAACUGGUGUCAAGAGAAGCUCACGUAACGCGGCGAAAUAUUAUCGAAUGGCAUGCGCUCAAGGAAUCAAAAUGAUGGGAUACCAAUGGAUAUGGAAAGAUAAAUACAAUCCUGUCAAUUAA